GUUUUCAAAUUAAAUAAAAAUAAUUGUAAAAUUAAUAAUAGUUCCAUGAGUUUUUAUCAAGGUACCUAGAAUACAUUAUAGGAUACAAAUCAUUAUAAUUAUUGUGAUCAUGUGAUAAAAAUCCGCUCAAAACAUUUUUAUACAUGCAACAUGUGAUUAAAGAAAUACUACAAAACUAACCCCUUAAAUUAUUUGGAAGAUUUUAUAAUAGAAUAAUAGAAGGAAUAUGACAAAUAAACCAAAAAGAUUAGAAAAUUCUACAUUUGCUUUCCUUAAUUUUUAUUCUUUGAUUUUAAUUUUUGCAAUUAUUACCAAAAUCUGCACAGGAGUAACUUUGGACGAAGAAACGAUAACAUCUCUAAUCCACAAAGAAUCUGGUUUACAAUCAAUAGACUCUGCUUCAAACCAUGAUCUAGAACAAGUGGAUUCAACAGAUGGAUCUCUCACUCAUGAACAUCCUGCAAAUUUGAUAGAUUCGCUUGAGUAUGCCAAUUCCGAUCAAAUGGAAAAUGAUAAAUUCAAUACAUACUUGUCGGAACAAACUGGAAAUGGAUCAUCAACAUGGAAUCUAGUCAAUAAACAGAGCAAACCAUCUCGCUCUGAAGAAGGAGAAGACUACUGUAACUCACAAAAUGAAACCGGCAAGAAAAAAGUUAUAAAUAUUUCAGCUACUACUUCAACUGUAACUAAAAUUUCAAUUAUCAUGGAUGGUGAUGAUGAAGAGGAGGAUGAUGAUGGUGAUGAUGGUUGCACCCCUGAAAUUAGUUCUUACACUACUAAAGCAACAACCAAAAAAUGUUCAGUUUGUACAAGCAAAACCAAAGAAGGGUGCAACAAAGAAAAUGGAGGUGAGAAAGCCAAUGAUGAGUAUUUGGAGAAAGCUCCAACCAAAUUUGUAUGUACUGUUACAACAGAGGAAAUUCAACAAGAUGAUGAUAAAGAUAACAGCGAUGAUACUCUUAAUGAGGUUCAAGAGGAACUGAAUGAUGAGGAUGAUCAUUUCCAGCCAGCAACAACAAGACCGAUUAGCUCAACUGAAAGAUUACGGCAAAAGAGAAAUUAUUUUAAAAAGUAUAACAGUUAUAAGAAUGAAAUGGAAAAUCAGAUGGGAUACACCUCUGAUAACUUCAAAAAUAGAAAUGCACAAGAAAUAUCAAAAGAGGAAAAAAUAAUGAAAAUACAAGCUCUGCUUCAAGACAUUCAACGAAAGCUUGGUGCCCAUAGUUAUAGACAAAUGAAUGAGUUAAGGAUUGUCAAAAAGAAAAUGGAAGAUUUUGAGAAAAAUAACUUGGAAAAAAGCGAAAGCAAUACAGAAAUCGAUGAUGAUCUAUUGGACAAGUUACGGAAGGCAUUGAUUAAACAGUAUGAAAAUGAAAACAAAUUUGCCAAUAAUGACGGUUGGGAAUUUAAAAAUUUUGAGAUUGGACAAGAGAAAAAUAUGGGAGAUGAUUUUGAAAAUAUUCAGCACAGUUUGAAGUAUCCAUAUGACAGCCAACAAGAUAAUCUGGUUAAUGAAUUCGACUACAAUGGAAUUUGGCUGGGAAAAAGCAAUUUGCAAAAUGACAAUAGUUGGAGCAACAUUGAUAGAAUUGCAGAUUAUAAAAAUAAAUUGAAAGAAGGAAGAAGAAAUUUCAAUUUUAACAAACAAGAAACGGACUUUCUGAUAUCAACUAAUCUGGAUGGGAAGCACUUCAACUCAAACUUGGCCAAAGUCAAUUCUGAAAACUUAAAAAGGAGUAUCAACUGUUCCCAAAAAGUUUUCAAUGAAAUUUCAAAAGAAAUGAAUGAAAAUGAAGCAGCGCAAGAAAAUAGCUCGCCUGUCUACAUUUCUCAAAUCUACUUGAUUGACAGUAAUGAAUCAGAUGCAAAAUUGAAUAAUCAAUGAAUAAAUUACCUAACUUUGA